CCCUGGUCGCCUUCCAGAAGCAGACGGCGGAUCCCCGCAGCGGCAGAUGGGGCCAAGAUAACGCCAAGAUGCUCAAUUGGCCAAUGCCGCAGUUCCGAUGCCGCGGUAGGGGAAAACGCGAAAGUCAUUACGAUUCGUGAUGGUUGUGUGUGUAGAGCCAACAUGAGUGGACGAACGUGUAAUCUGGGGAACUUUUUGAAAUCCCCAAAGGCACUUUUUGAGAAUCCUAUCAUCGGCUGACCACCGACCAGGGGCGAACUGAUAAGCGGGAGAAGAUGUCUAGGAGAUUGUCGUACGCGUCGGGCCAUGUCGCUUCUAUCAGUCGAUGCGACGUUGUACCCUUCAUACUCACAUUAGUGUGACCAGCACCACCCUUCAUAAUAGCUACGAUGCCGCGCCGGGAGCUACUCUCUUGGCACCUCUGGGCGUUUGCUUGUUUUCGCCGCAAACCCAUCGUUGCAAACCCUCAGCCUCAGCAAGAUGGCAACUGACAUUAGCCAUACGCCGCCAGAGUAUGUGGACCCUGAAAAGUCACUCGCGCAGGGAGAGAAGCUCAACAUCAAGACGGCACAUAAUCUCCACGGCCAGGACAUCGAGCUUGAAAAUGGACAUCUCGCGGAACUGGAGGUUGAUAUGGAGAGGGUGCUCGACGAGGAGGGAGAAGGGGAUUACGAUGCCGAUACCUCACCGUUUCCUCAGGUCAGAGCUGUUGUGCCGGAGACAGACGACACUGCGAUUCCCGUCAACACGUUCCGCGCCUGGUUCCUUGGAAUUGUCUUCGUCUUCCUUGGCGCCGGCGUAAAUCAAUUCUUCUCAUUGCGCUACCCUGGUGUCCACAUCGUGUCUCUUGUCGCAGAGCUGAUUGCGUUCCCCAUCGGCGUUGCUCUCGCUAAGAUUCUGCCUAUCAGCCGCUUCAACCCCGAUCGGCACUUCAACAUCAAGGAGCACGCCCUCGUGACUAUCAUGUCCAACGUCUCUUUUGGCUUUGGCUCAGCUGAUGCGACGAACAUUAUUCAGGCAGCCAGGUUGUAUGGUUUCUACAUCCCGCCAGGAUUCUCCGUGCUCGUCGUCCUGUGUUGUCAGCUCAGCGGAUACGCCGUUGCAGGUCUCGCGAUGCCGUGGCUUGUCAAGCCCGCUAGCAUGAUCUGGCCAGGCGUGCUCAGCAACGUCGCUCUUCUCAGCUCUCUGCACUCAAGAGCAAACGCCGUCGCCGACGGAUGGAGAAUCACCCGCAUCAAGUUCUUCAUGAUCGUCGGUGGAUGCGCUUUCGUCUGGUACUGGUUCCCUGGCCUCAUCUUCACGGGUCUCAGCUACUUCACCUGGAUUUGCUGGAUUGCACCCAACAACCUGGCCGUCAACCAGGUCUUUGGCAUGGUCACCGGCAUGGGUCUCUUCCCUCUGACCUUCGACUGGUCCAUGAUCGCGUACAACACAAACCCGCUUCUGAGUCCUCACUGGGCGGCGCUGAACGUCUUCUUCGGCUUUGCGUUUUUCUUCUGGAUCAUCACGCCAGCGAUCUACUACACCAACACCUGGUUCACUUCGUACAUGCCCUUCUGUACGGCCGACGUUUACGAUCGAUUCGGCAGCCUUUACAACGUGACAGAGGUUCUCACGAACAAUGAGUUCGAUCAGCAGAAGUACUCCUCGUACUCUCCCCCGUAUCUGCCCGCAACGUUUGCUUUCGUCUACGGGUUGUCUUUUGCUUCAAUCACAAGUGUCCUAUCCCACGUCUACUUCUUCCACUUCGAGGAAAUCAUUCAUGCUAUGAAGGGAACACUCAAGCUCGACAUUCACGCGCGCCUGAUGAAGUCAUACAAGACUGUAAAGUGGUGGUGGUGGUUGGUAAUUCUCCUCGUCGUCUUUGGCAUGGCAGUCGGUACCGCAGAGGGCUACGACACCGGUCUUCCGUGGUGGGGAGUUAUCCUAGCCUUCGUCAUCCCCGCAAUCUACAUGGUCCCUUGCGGCAUGAUCCAGGGUGUCACGAAUGUGGAUGCCAACCAGCUGAACGUGUUGUCUGAGUUCAUUGGAGGUUACAUGUUCCAGGGCAAACCCAUUGCCAAUAUCCUCUUCAAGAUUCUCAGCACAGAUGUCGUCGGUCAGGGGCUGUACUUUGCAGCCGACAUGAAGCUCGGCCAUUAUCUCAAGAUUCCGCCUACGACUCUCUUCUUUGCCCAAGGUCUUGCUACCAUCCUCGGAGCAUUGACCCAGACUGGCGUCACACUUUGGAUGUUGGGCAACGUCGACGGUAUCUGCACCGAGGACCAGCCCAACGGCUUCUCCUGCCCCAACGGUCGCACAGUGUUCUCAUCCUCAGUCAUCUGGGGCCUCGUCGGACCCGCUCGCCUCUAUUCCGUUGGCGCCAUCUAUUCAGGUCUCUUGCAUUUCUUCUGGAUCGGACUCAUCUUGCCGCCGAUUACGUACUUCAUCUUCAAGAAGACGAAGUCUGACUUCAUCCGUAAGAUCAACUGGCCGCUCAUCUUCGUUGGAACCUACAAUGUGCCGCCAGCCACGGGUAUCAACUAUUCUUCGUGGUACAUUGUCAACCUGAUCUUUAACAAGAUUAUCUACCGCAAGUUCUACGCCUGGUGGAGCAAGUACAAUUAUGUUCUUGCUGCAGCAUUGGACACUGGGCUCGCCAUCAGUGGUAUUGUCAUCUUCUUCGCAGUCACAUACGGCCCCAAUGCACAGUUCCCUGAUUGGUGGGGAAACACCGUCUGGAGUGAAACCGCGGAUGGACAAGGCCUGCCAUGGUUACAGAUGCCGGAUGUAGGCUACUUUGGACCUGCGAACGGAACGUGGUCUUAGAAAUGCGUGCUCUCAGAUUAGAACAAAGGCUAUUAACGACUAAAGCGCGACACUGGACCGAGUUCAAAGAGUGGUCUCCCGUCCAGCAGGCCCUUGCCAAACAUGCAACUAAAGAGAACACUUCGAACAAUUUCACUUAGCCCAAGCGUGUCGAUUCC